GGAGAGAAGAAAUCCGAAAGUCAAAGUGGAAAGUCAUUGCUCACUGCUGUUGCAUUUGAGUGCAUUUAACAUGUUUCGUAAUUUUCCAAGAACGAUACGUAAUCAGUUUGUCGUAGCUGUAUACAGACAGCAGGGUCGAUUUAGCUUUGCACAAUGCAAACGUUUUGAGAGCUCUCAGGUGGCACCCAAAACAGACGAAAGUUCUGUGGCCAACUCGGGACAAACAGCCAAGGCAGUCAGCAAAGAACUGAAGGAACACACACCUUUCACAAGAAAUUUGUUUCUUGGAAAAUUUGACGAGUCUAUGCUGGUGUUUCCAGAAAUCUCAGAAGUUGAAGAUGUACAACACCUAAAUGAAAUGAUUGCACCAAUUGAAAGGUUUUUCAGCGAAGCCUUGGACUCUCAGGCAAUAGAUGUCAAUGCGAAAAUUCCAGAGGAAACACUCCAGCAAAUCAAAGACCUGGGAUUGUUUGGCCAACAGAUCCCAGAGGAGUAUGGAGGAUUAGGUUUGAAUGCCACCCAGUUUGCAAGAAUUGCAGAAGUAACUGCCCUGGAUGGAUCGGUGGCUGUGACUUUGGCUGCUCACCAAUCGAUAGGGCUGAAGGGAAUUUUGAUUUUUGGAACAGAGGCUCAGAAGGAAAAAUACUUACCCAAACUGGCAACAGGGGAACAUGUGGCAGCUUUCUGUCUCACUGAACCCUCGAGUGGAAGUGAUGCUGCCUCCAUUCAGACACGAGCCACCCUCUCUGAAGAUGGAAAGACAUUUUACCUCAAUGGAGGGAAAAUCUGGAUCUCUAACGGAGGAAUUGCAGAUAUCAUGACUGUUUUUGCAAAAACAGAAAUCACAAAUGAAGAGGGUGAGAAACAAGACAAGGUCACAGCCUUUGUUGUGGAGCGUGCAUUUGGUGGAGUAUCUUCUGGGAAACCAGAAGAUAAACUUGGAAUCCGAGGAUCAAACACUUGUGAAGUUUAUUUUGACAACACACCAGUUCCAUUGGAGAAUGUCUUGGGGGAAGUUGGCGGAGGAUUUAAGGUAGCAAUGAAGAUAUUGAACAGUGGACGAUUCAGCAUGGGUAGCUCUGGAGCUGGAAUUGUCAAGAAACUGAUUAACAUGACUUGUGAUCAUGCCAUAACCAGAAAGCAGUUUGGGAAAAGUCUGUGCGAAUUUCAAAUUAUCCAGGAGAAAUUUGCACGGAUGGCUGUGAAGGCCUAUGUGAUGGAAAGCAUGUCAUACCUGACUGCUGGGGUCUUGGAUAGUAACCCAAAUGCUGACAUGUCACUGGAGGCAGCCAUGGUUAAGAUCUACAGCUCUGAAGCAGUAUGGGAAAGUGUUAAUGAAAGCCUACAAAUAUUAGGGGGUCUGGGCUACAUGAAAAGUUAUCCGUUUGAGAGAUACCUAAGGGAUUCCAGGAUAUUACUUAUCUUUGAGGGCACAAAUGAAAUUCUGCGGAUGCUGGUGGCUUUAUCAGGUCUGCAGCAUGCUGGGAAGGAACUGAAGGAAUUAGUGAAAAAGUUACGGAAUCCUCUAAACAAUCCGAAUCUGGUGUUUAAGACAUUGGUGAAUAACAUUCGACAGAGCAACAUGGAGCCUUCGCUGACCCUAAAACUGAACCUUUACGUCCAUCCUAGCCUACAGAAUGAAGCUGAUAUAUUGGAAAGGAACACAUUGAGAUUACAGAAAGCAGUAGAACAUGUGUUGAAGAAGUAUGGCAAUAAAAUUGUUGAUGAGCAGCUGGAUGCGAAGAGAUUAGCAGAGGUGACAAUAGAUUUAUACUCCAUGACAGCGUGCAUUGGCCGGGCAUCCCGGUCCUACUGUAUUGGGCUGAAGAAUGCAGAUCAUGAGAUGAUGAUUACAAGAACAGUUUGUCAUGAAGCCAAUCAGAGAAUAGAGCAACAGCUAAAGCAGAUUUAUGCAGGUAGUACAGAGAACAUGGAUGACAAUUACAAGGCAAUAGCCAACAUGAUUUUCAAGAACCAUGGGUAUGCUGCAGAGCAUCCGCUGACACGGAAUUGGUGAUGCGUCCUCAAAAUGUUACCAUGAAUCCAUGUCAUCCUUUGGCAGUUCGGCCUUGUUCUGCCUUCUUGACACUCUCUCAUCAUGAUACCUCCAUAAACAUGAAUGAAGCACAAAGAAAUGGGUUUUGCUCUUAUCUCAUGUAAUCUGGGAAAUUGUCAUUUUACAUCUAAUGUCCAGUAGUUAACAAAUGUGGAGAUUUGUCCAUUGUGUGAAAGUUUGUGGUAAUGAAGGAAAGCAUAUACACUAUUUAUGGUAAUUUGUCUAUAUCAGUUCUUUAUUUUGAUGAUUUUAAUCAAUGUGUUGUAAAGUUGUUAUCUUUUUCAAAUUGUAUAAAAUGGUGAAAGUGCAAACAGCAUGACAUUUGAUAGGUUAAUCUGUUACAUGAACAAAUUUCAGGAGGUUUUCUUUACAUCUACAUGAGAAUCUUUAUAGGAAAGAUAUUGUGUCUCUGUAUUAUCAUCUCUUGCAAGCUUGUCAGAUUUUCAAGAAUGAUAUGCUGUUAAGUUCUCGUGAAUUAAUUUUUAAAACUUCAGUACUAUUCAUGUAAUGAGCAACAUGUCCACAGAAUCGUUAAAGAUAUUUGCAUUCUUUAAAAGGAGCAAAUUGAAAACUCUUCUGAACAGCUUUAGAUGGAUCAAAAAAAAAAGUCAUAUGACAAGAACUUCAAAGUUCCCUGCAUUUAUAUCUGUCUCUGUAUAGUAUGUGAUAGUCAUUUCAAUCACAGAAAGCUCAAGUAUGAGAAAUACAGCUUACAUGUGUAGACAAUGCAGUUCAUGACUGCUUCUUGGUGAAUAUGCCUAAACCACUCUGUGAUAUUUUUAUACUACACUAAUCUGGCUGAUCAGUGUUACUAGGCCUGUAGAUGAAGAUGUAAUAUUUGGGAUAUGCACUGUGUACUUUGUAAACAAGUGCUAUAGUUUACAUAUGGUGAGGCCAGCUGUACAAGAGUUCUGUGAGUGUGAAAGUUGUUUUGAGUGAUACAUGUUCUCUACUUAAUCAGAUGGGCUAUCAUGAUUUGUCUAAAUUGAUGUUUGAAAUAAAUAAUUGCACCUGUUUCACAGUGAAGAAAUAAAUGACAUGAUUUGGAAUUUAGAGU